CUCUGCGCAUCAUCGGAAAUAGGAAUGAUUAUGGAUUUUAGUACACAAAACAAAGCCACCAAAGCUGGUGGUGAAAGAAUAUACACAUUUUCGAUAUUUCCGUUUGCGGAGAACCCCUCAUUCCAAUUAUCACUUCACUUAUUAUACCAUCAACAUUUGACCCUUCAAGCUGAAAUGAUUUUUAGUUACUGAGAAUCUACUCAAUAACAUCAGAUCUCUUCGUUUUGCAAACAUGAGUACAACCAAGUGGUACAAUCCAACCUCUGGAAAGGGCAAGACAAUUUUAGUUACUGGUGGUAACGGUUUCGUGGCAGCCCAAAUUCUGGAUGCCUUUUUGUCUCGAGGCUACAAUGUUCGAACUACUGUUCGGAGCCCAGAUAAAGGGGAAGCUCUACGUAAAAGUUUCAGCAAAUAUGACAAUCAGCUUUCUUACGCAGUUGUUAGAGAUAUCGUCGAAGAAGGGGCCUUCGACGAGGCAGUAAAAGGCGUUGAUGGCGUAAGUAAUCAUACCAGAAACUACGGGCUACUCACUCACGUACAUCAGGUGGUUCAUUCGGCUUCUCCAUUUGUCUUCGACGUUAAGGAUCACGAGCACGAUCUUCUCAUUCCAGCUAUCAAGGGUACAACCAAUAUCUUGAAAGCCGUUCAAAAGAAUGCUCCUCAAGUAGAGCGUAUAAUAAUUACAUCGUCCUUCGCCGCAAUUCUAGAUUUGGAUAAGGGACUUCGCACUGGUUAUACAUACACCGAGAAGGAUUGGAACCCCACAACCUAUGACGUUGCAGCAAAUCCUGAAACUUCUGUGGUAGUCUCCUACUGUGCAUCAAAAGCGUUUGCCGAAAAGGCGGCAUGGGACUUUAUUAAAGAAAACGAGCCUAACUUUAAUCUUUCAGUCAUCUGUCCUCCUAUGGUAUAUGGGCCCAAUGCGCAAAACAUCACAUCCCUCGACCACCUAAAUACGUCUUCAGCAGAUAUUUAUCGCCUCAUAAAUGGGUCCGAAAAGACAGUCCCAAACACCAAUUUCUUUGGCUUCGUCGAUGUCCGUGAUGUGGGGGAGAUUCAUGCUCGUGCCUAUGAAUCUGCCGAAGCUGCUGGCCAACGUUUUCUCCUUGCCGGUGGCACUUACACAUAUGCUCAAAUUUGCGAAGUUAUCAGGAAUCAUUUCCCACAAUUAAAGGAUAAAACUCCUGAUCCAUCGACUGCGCCGCUUGAAAAUGGUUUUAAUGUCAGCAAUGAGAAGGCUAAGAAGGAGCUUGGAAUGGAUUUUAGAGACCUGGAAACGACGAUUCACGAUCAAGUCGUAGAAUUUUUGAACUUGGAAAAGAAAUUGGGUAAGGCUUGAGUAGGGAAUGGUACAUCUUCCAGGCGAAGGAACUUUUAUGAUGUUUGACAUGAGUUUAGCGGCUCCUUCAUGUAGGUCCCAGUAGGUCCCAGUAGGAUAUGAUAAAAUAAGUAUGAUUGUUUUCAGAGAGCCAUCAACUAAUUUACACCUUUCGGUUGAAUAUUUCUUCGUGAAUGACGAUGACUAAAUACUUGACACUGUCGCUAAAUUUCACAUAAUUUACACCGUGUUGUCCUACACCAA